AAAAAAAAAAGGGAGAACAAAGAGAAAAACAGAUUCUCCUCUGUUGAGAUUCUCAAUUUCUUUUCAUGAAUAUAAACUGAACACAAUUGGUGUCUAGAGAUCCGAAGAAGAAAAAGCUUGAAAAUCCUCUGUUUCUUCUGUUUUCAGGGUUUUCUUCUUCUUCGGUUCCUCUCCUCACCAAUGGAUUCUUUUACUACUCAGAAACCUAAAUCAAGAAAGAUGAAGAAGAUUGCAAAAAAGUCUCGUGUUCAAACAAUCUUGGAUCUCAUUUUCCGGGCGAUUGAGAUAAUUGUUGUUUCGGUUACAGUAGCAAAGCUCUGCUAUCAGCUCGUUAUCACGUUUGAAGAUUCUGGUGUCGCGGCGGUUAUUUUCGCCAACCGUAAUCUUGCGUUUGUUUUAGGAAACACGAUAAUCAUCGCUCUGAUCGCUAAAUCCGGUCUACUACUGAAUCAAGACCUCGAUCAGAAGUGCAAAAGCAACGAUCUUUACGAGGAGUUUAUUCGGGAGAGCUCAAGGAGAGAUGAAAUUUCACGAGCCAAGAUGAGAAACAGAGAAAAACAGAGUGGUGAAGAAAAGAACGAGACUAAACAGAGCAUAACUGAAACCAGAGACAAACAGAAUGCAGCAGAGAAAGAGACGCAGAGCACAACUGAGAACAUAGCAAAACAGAUCAUUUCGGCUCAGGCGGGGAGACAUACUGUAAUUGAGAAGAAGACGAAACAGAAGACUUCUGAGAAGAGGGAAAAACAGAGCAAACCUGAGAAAUUUAGAAAACAGAGCAAUUCAGUAAAGCGAGAGAAACAGAGCAAUUCAGUAAAGCGAGAGAAACAGAGCAUAGUUGAUCAUCAGGAGGUAACUGUGAAGAAGAUGGAGAAACAGAAUUUGGCUGAGAAAAGGGAAAUUCAGAGUUACCAACGAAGCCGGUCGGAGAAUCUGGAGGGAUUGGAGAAGAUUUCUUUAGGAAGAUUAAGGAGAUCGGAGACGGAUGCGUCUUUCGAAAGAUUUGAUUCCGACGAUGAACUCCGAUACAAGAUCGAGUCUUUCAUUGCGAGGCAGAGUAGGAAUCAAAAUGAUGAUUAGUUUUGUCUCUAAUUCAGAUAGAAAUAUCUGAAAAUACAAAAAGACAACAAUUUAUGCAAAUAAUAUUCAAGUGUCUGCUAUAAAAGGGUAAAACUAUUUCACACCGUUAGCAUAAAUAACUGCUGGUAAUCCAGUGGUUAAUAUUUUAAACUUAAAUAUAUACUUUAGUUCUUGUCAAGUUAUAUUUUGAACCAUUUUAUUUUAAGAAAUAAUUUUU